GUUAAAUUGUUUUGUUCAUUUUCUUAGAGUAAAUUUCAUAAUUGGUCUUUUGUAAUCGGAGGUUAGCUGCGGUUAGCUUCAAGGGUGUUGUGUGAUCCGAAGAUUUCGCCUAGAAUGAAAGGUAAGUUUUAUCGUUCCGUAGUCAGACUUGCUAUGUUAUAUGGGGCAGAGUGUUGGGCGGUUAAGAAGACUCAUGUGCGUCGUCUGCAUGCGGCGGAGAUGCUGAUGUUACGAUGGAUGUGUGGGAAGACAAGGUUGGAUAGGAUUUCGAACGAAGUUAUCCGACGUCAGGUAGGCAUGGCACCGGUGGAAGAUAAGUUGCGGGAAGCAAGGUUGAGAUGGUUUGGCCAUGUGAGACGCCCAUGUGGAGCCGAGGGUCUCUUGGAAACAGCCUCCCUACUUCCGAGUAGGGGCAAGUUUUCCUCGAUUAAUUUCACUUCACUUUUAGUAUCUUUCGACCUAAUUGGAGACGAAGCAGAUUCAAUUCAAAGGUGGAGUUCAGAUUGUGCCUUAAUGGAUGAAGCUCCCGUGGUAGCUGUUCAACUCAGUGAUCUGAUCUACCUGAUGAGGUUCUCAAUGAAUGUUGCGUAUUGGGCGACACGACACGGUUAGUUGAGCGUGCGCAAAUUGAUAUCUUUCGCUUUGAAGAAGUUGAACAGGAUGUCGUCGUGCCUUGUGGGUUUAAACUACUCUCAAUUGUUGCUACUUGCUAAUGUGAAGGAUCAUCCUGUAGGAUAAGAAGAUUGUCAAGUUUUGUUGACAUCUUUUGGAUCUUCAUUUGGUUGACAAAACAAAGUUGUACUUGCUCUCGUCAAUAAAAGAAGUUGUCAUUU